UCCGAAAAAUAAUUAGCAUAACGAGUCUCAAUUCCAUAAAUAAAUAAAGAAUGCCGUCCAGAGAUUAAAGAAAAAAGAUAUAAAGGAAUUUUGAAGAUGGGUCGAACUAACUAAGUAAUCGAAAGGAAUAAAAAAAGAGUAACACGUUCGUUAACAAAUCCGAGAUGGUGGCCCACCCAAACUGCUGCGAAUUGCCAGCACCGCAUUUUUGCAGACUGCUCCUCAUGGUCGACUGCAAAGUGAAGGGAAAAUCAAAGAACAAAGUUUAUAAAUGUAUAGUGUACUUCGUGCAGGAAUCUACAGUGAAACAGUCAGAGUGUGUGCAGGCAGGCAGCCGACAUUUAUAAAAAGUUUCCCAAAAAAGCAAGAAGUACAGAGAGUUAUCAUCAUAUAUAAAGAAAAAAAAUGAAGACUAAAUUAAUGGUUAUUUUUGGACUGCUGGCCGUUGUAGCUCUGUGCACAGCUCGACCUGCCGAAGAGGAGUACGAGUAUGAAGAAGAACCUGCACCACCACCAAAAAAAGUACCUGCAAGAGGCCCGUUAGUCGGUAGGAGGAAUCCUUUAGCUGGGAAGAAUAACAAGGCUGCUAGUUCUACUACUACAACCACAGCUGCUCCACAGGAAGAAGAGCCAGUUGCUGAAGGCGAUUACGAAGAAGAGCCCCAACCAGUCGAAACCAGUUCAACGACUGAAGCCGCAAAGAAAUUCAUUAAGGGUGGCAUUGUAAGACCUUUCAGAAGUAACGACGAUUUGUUAGCCACUUUGAAAAGAAGAAGAGAACAAGUUGUUCACAAACCACAAAAAGCCAGUAGCGUCAACAGACACCAAGGAGGAAGUGGCAGCGGAACCGGCACAAAGGAAACCAAACCUGCCGCUUCGUCGUCAUCAGGAAGAAGGAACCGCUUCAGCAAGUCCAAGGCUAGCAACGAGGUACCGGCGGAAGAACCCAGCACAGCUGCAUCGGCAGGCAGGACAGCAAGGGGCAGGUUCAAUGGCAGAAGAUAGAAUAGAAUAGAACAAUGUAGAAUUAAUAAAUAAGACCC